AUGGGCCGAUCGGUCCCCUCCGGCAGUAUACAGUUUCCCUCCGGCUUCUCUUGUUACUUUCACAAAGAUGCUGCUUGCACAGAUUAUAGUGACUUGACGCCGCUAAGACCGGAAGUGAGCAAGACUACGGGAGGCGAGAGGCUGCGAGGUGCGCGCAUAACGCCUGCGCAGGGCUCCAGGCUAAAGUACGGAAAGCCGGGCGCAGACACGCUUCCGGGCUACGAGGCACUUGAGCCGCAGCCAGCCCGGCCCGUUCGGGCCGUGCUGCGGCUGCGCGGUAAAACUCCCGGCGCUGAUUGGCUCACUGGUCGAGGGGGGAGGGCGAAAGCGGCUGUGGGCUCUGUCGUCCGAGCGCGCGCUCUUGGUCCAGACCGAGGCGCCGGGAGAGAACCCGCUCCUCGCUGCGUCGUUCUGAGCCCCGCAGGCUGCGGGGGGAGCGCGGGAGGAAGGCGACACUGCUGCCUCGCCGCGGACACUCCCUCGCUAGCUCGCGCGGGCCCCGCGCCGGCGCGGGAGGCGGAGGC